CUUUGUCGUCGCGACGCCUUUAGCUCGUGCCCUCUGCGCUGCGUGGGCGCAAGCACGCAAAGCAGCAACACACACGACGAUGAGGUCAAACUCAGGCGCUGAAGGAGGGGAUCAAAUACAAGCAAGUGCCGAGUCAGGACCGUAUACAAAUAGGCACCCCUCAGCCCCUUGAAAUCCCUUCACCUCUUCACCACUUCGAUCACCACCGCCUCUUCCAAGCAACACUGUACUGGCUACAAGUGUGCUUGUCCCUUCACUCCAACAAACACGACGCAGGCUCGUCGUCGUCGUCGUCCCAUCUCCCCACCCGAUCACCCCUUACCAACCCUCGCAGCAUGUCCUCCUAUCCCAGCAAAUCCCCCCACUCCUCCUCCUCCUUCUCCUCCUCCUCCUCCGCGACCUGCCUUCUCAUCAUCCCCCCCCGCACAGGUCUUCUCCUCCUCACCCCCCUCACCUGCCUCCUCUCCAGCCUCGCCUCCUCCCUCCUCAUCCUCACCACAACCCGCCCACGCAGUGCAGCUUUGCUCCUCUCCUCCUCCUCCCCAGGGCUACGCGCCGCCCUAGGUGGUCUACUCGCGGCACAUAUCACCGUAGCCUCUUGUUCGGUUCUUGGGUUCGCUGGAGCCUUGACGAGAAAGGGGGUGCUGGUGAAGGUGUACGCGACGGUGUUGCAUGUUCAUUGGGUUGUGGGACUUGCUAUUGGUUUGGGGUUCGGACUGAGAUCCCUCCUCUCUCAUCCGGAGCAACGUGUCGCUCGUUGUGUGACGCGACAGAUUGGUCUUCUCCGGAGCCAGGACCAAGAGGGACACCCCAACAUGAGUGGAACCGCGUCAGCCUCGCUGGACGACGGCAUGCUGCGCGGCCUAGUCCACAAGGAAUGUCACGGGAGCUUCAAGCUCUUCAUCACCCUCUUCCUAGGCACCGUCGUCCUGUAUCACAUCGUGGCGCUCUACUUCCUCUUCGUAGCACAUCGCGGUGCUGCUGAGCUGCGGCGCGCGGAGCUGGCCGGGGAGCGGAACCAUGAUAACAUUGGGGAUUAUGGAGAGGAACCACACGCGUACCUGGAUGAGGAGGCAAAGAGUCCACAAGUGAGGGUAAUUGGAAGCGUCGGCCCGCCCGUUAAUAGGCGAGGGGAGCUCGACCUAGAAGGGAGGAAUGCGACGACCCUUCCUGCCAUUACCCGACGGGAUGGGACUCCCCCUCCUACAUGGUCGAGCGUGGCCGGUGCGCCCUCUCUCGGUCCCUCAGCCAAGCAGCCUCUACCGUAUCAGCAAGGUCGCUCUCUCGCGUCUAUGCGUGUCCCCGAACCCGCGCCUGGCUGGCAAGGCGGUGAAGCCGCGAGUGGUAGUAGCGAGGGGAGCGACUGGACGCACGUCGGUCUCCACUCGGCGAGCACGCCGCGCGUGGCGUACAAGAGCCAGUACCCCUGGCGAUAGGCUGGGGUGCUCCGCGUGUCUCUUCUCUCUCUCUCGCUGGCUCGCUC